AUGUCUAAUACAUUUACUCUAACGGGUUACACUAGCAAACUGUCUGCUAAUUUUUAUCCACCAAUCGAGUUGGAUAUAAGUGCGGAAUACGGUCUGGGGUUGAUUGGCUUUUAUUCAUACAACACCAUAUACAACAUUGAUGAUCAACAUAAUAAAAUAUCUCUUACUAACGAGGGUGACGAGAGUAAUGUGGUAACCCUUCCUGAAGGUGUUUAUGAAAUCGAAGAUAUCCAUAACUACAUACAACAUGAAAUAAUAUCAAUGAAUGAUACAUAUAAAGAGAGAUAUGAAUACAAAGUUGAUGAAAUGUUCUCUUUGAAAGCCAACACUAAUACUUUGAAGUGUGAACUCCAUUCUGUAUUCGAUAUUGCUCUGUCCAAUUCCAUGGCAACUUUGCUUGGAUUUAAGAACAAAAUAUUUCCCAGAAACAAUACCUACACAUCGAAUUUACCUGUAAACAUAACCCCCAUCAGGAUAAUAGGAGUCGACUGUGGACUAAUAUCAGGAGCUUACUGCAAUGGCCAUGAAAUGCAUACCUUGUAUGAGUUUGAUAUAGACGUUGAACCGGGAUUUAAAUUAACAACGGAGCCUCAGAAUGUAAUAUUUAUGAGCGUUAAACCGCGAGGACGCCAGUUUAUUGAUAACAGCACACUGGAAAUUUUGGAUGACGUCGGGAAGUUGGCCAAUUUCCGUGGUGAAAAAAUUAUAAUCAAAUUAGAACUGCGUCGCCUGUCUAGUGCCAGCUGGAGACGAUGGGAUUUCUAUAUAACCUAG